AUGCCAUCGUCCCCAAAAGCAAAACAGAUGAACCCGACUAAGGAAGGCCAGCCUUCCAAGUUAGCAAAGCCGAAGAAACGACAACCAAGUGCCCGAAUUUCAGCAGCCUGCGAGGCAUGCAAGAAGCGAAAAACAAAGUGUACGGGAGGACCGCCCCCAUGUCAACUCUGCCAGACUAUGGGCACAGAGUGUGUCAUUGACCUGUCUCUCGAUAUGAGACGUCGCGCAGCUCUGCAGCGGACCAUCGAUGAGUCCAAGUCGUACCAGGGGAGUUUGGAUGGGCUCAUUGAAGGUAUUCGAUAUGGCCCAUCACAUCACCUCGAGUCGCUAUUUCAGUAUAUUCGCAGCGGUGCCAGCAGAGACGAAUCCAUGAACGCAAUUCAGCGAUUCCUGAAGGACAGUGAAGACCAAGGUCUCGACCACACAAUGCUCACGCAGGAAGAUCUGGCCGAAUCUCCGUCGACCGAAACUCAACAAGCGCUAUCGCCCGAGGAUAUGGAUGGCCUGCACGCUCACAGCGGACGUCAUGCAUCAAGUUUCAGAUCUGGGUCGUCGGAGCCCAGCAAGCGCAGACAAGUUCCCGAUUCUCCCACAGUCGCGUCCUUGCUAUCAACCCUGAAGACUAGCUCCUUGUCGGAUGGAGAGGAACUGCUACGGCGUUUCAUGACAACAGAAACGACCGAGAAGUACAUAUCACCGCCCUGGUCUGCAAGCUCGUCCAAAUCACUAUUUGACAGGCCUUCGUCCUUUGCCGAGCAACCUGACAUGGUGGAGCGAUCAACAUGGCACCCUGCACUCCAAAUGCGGUCUCCCACCAGCUGGCCCGAGGGACAACCACAAGUGACGCCUGUGACACCCCAGAAUCAACGUCAAUAUUCCGAAGCAGUCUCUUCGUCGAGCAGAUCAGACCAUUCCAGCCGCUCUCAAUCGACCACCCGAGGAACCCCAAGAAGGACAAAUCUUCCGCAGCAUAUCAAUACAGACAUACCAAUGUCGUCCACACCUCAAGCUUCAUCAGCCACUGUACCAUACCUCGAGUUGGUGUCGACGCCCAUACCAUUCACACCAGCCCCGAACAAUUGGGAUCUUUGUGUGGCGCAGGAGGACCAGGCAACGAGACUGCGGAUACCUCGACAUCUUGUUCUGCCAUUAACCAUACCCGACGAUUCGUAUAUGAGUCGCAUAUACACCCACUAUUUGCAGGGAGCCAAGCAGAUGCUAGAACAAGGAAUUCACGUGGCUGAUGUUCUCGGGUCCAACGACGAGGUGUCCGUGGAUUUGUUCUUUCGCGACCGCACAAAUAAGGAUAAAUUCGACUGCGCCUCGUGGGCGUGCGAGGUGUUUCGCAGUUACGAUACCGAUGUUUUUGCUCGACUGGGUUCUUCCUACAUGUUAACAUUGAUGAUGCGGUGGCUUUUGGUUCCUACGCCCGAGAGUUAUCAAAAGGUCCCAGAAAUGAUGAAGCCUACACCAUACCAGUGCAUGGUUCCGCACGUUCCCGCGAUCGAGACCAUACCGAUUCCUCCCGUACGAGAUGCCGCCAUCCACCGUCUGCGCGACUGGCUCACACCUCUGAUCAAUUGCAACUGGAGUGUCAAUUGGCGUCACGGCAUGGAUGCUGCUGUGGAGCGGAGUCCUACAACCGGAGCAACGAUUUUGACAUCACGGUUCACGAAACAUGUUACUGAUUACGACAACUGGAGCGUGGGCAGAACGUUUCUGGAGCACUUUCCUGAGGUAGCGGGACGAAUCCGACUACACGAUUGA